AUGGACGACUUGCUGCACCACUACAAGGUGCUCAAACAGUUCUUGGACAUCUCCCACGACGCGGAGACGCCGCGCAAAAACGCGUCGUCGCGUGCGGCCAAGGCGCGAGAUAAAUUGUUGAAGUUGUCGUCGGCCCAGUUCCGGGAACUUAGCACCGAUGUGUUUGACGAGUUGCGGCGGCGCAUCGACGAGCUGCGGUCCGAGCCGGACUUCUUGCUCCCCAAGCUGAAUUUCCAUCCGAAGCGGAACCAGGCGCGGCAGAAGUUGUCGUCGUUGCCGCAGCUGCGGUUCCGCGACUUGGUUCUGGAUAUCAGCUACGAGAUCGAGAGACGGAACUUGCACAUGGGGCUGGGCCUGGGCCUGGUCCUGGGCUCUGUUUCUGCUGCUGCUCCUGCGGCAGCUCCUGCUGUAGCUCCAUCGUCUUCUUCCCAUACCGUAGUGACCCCUAGUACGACAGGCAGUUUUAAGAGAAACGACUUGGAGACAAGGCCAUUGUCCUUUGAUAUGUCUUCGAAUCUGAUCCAGAGAGAGCCCUCCAGCGUCUCCACCGGCGGCGACGCCAUGGGCGCCGUUGCUGGCGCGGGCGCUGCUCUUGGCGUUGCCGGCGCUGCUGUUGGCGCUGCUGUAGCUCAUCACCAUAUGUCUGGCCCCAGUAGUAAUAGUUAUGGCCACCAAAACGUAGAAUCCGACUUGAGCGCUCCUCUCAGCCCCAGCGUGCCCCACUCCGCUUCCCAGCUUCCCGACUCGGCCCUCCCUGGCGCAGGCUCCAUGUAUGGCGAUCUCGCUGUGCCCGAGUCAGCGGCCACUCCAAAACAGGCCAUGGCCAUACUGUCGACCACCGUGGUUCCAGCCAAGGCAAACAUGACCUGGUCUAGCGACGAGGACGAAGAGGAAGAGGCAAUGGCUCGUGCUGCCCCAGAAACCGCCAGACGUAUCUCUUUGUCUGACACCUUCUCCAUGAACAAGAACAAGGCGCCGCCUCGCAUCGCCUCUUUGGAAGACCCCGAACCGUCCGUAUCUCACAUCGACGACAUGAGCGUGUUGAAAGAACGAUACGCCGCUCUCGAGCACGAGAUCAAUGACCUCAAAGCCCAGAACGAAGAUGCUAGAACACUCAUCGACACUCUCACUCAGGAGAAAGAUGCCUAUUUGGAAGAGAAAUCAACGCUCCCCUCUCACGAGGAACACUCCGUGUUGCAGGAGGAGUUGGAGUCGUUGCGCUCUGCCAACGCUGCAUUGAGAUUGGAAAACCAGAACAUCAAGGCCACCAAGCGCAGAGACAGCAAAGCAUUGUCUCGUGACCUCUCCAUCUCGAGUCCUACCGCAGCUGCCAUUGCUGCUGUGCCUCUACCCACGUCUGCUCCUGUUGAUGUCAAUGCAGAACUUCGCAAAUUGUACGAGAAAUUGGAUCUGAUAUCAGUCAAGCCAUCGAGCCCUCAAACUAAUCUCAAGGAGGAGCUCUUAAGAAACGAGGCCUUGCAGUGGCAGAGAAAGUACGAAAACAUCCAGUCCAAAGAUCGCGUUUCGUCCAUCAAAUUGCCCUCCAACGAUUUGCAAAACUACAUUUCUCCAACCGGGCAAAUCUCCAUCAAACGUGCCGCAAAGUUUUUCUCCCUCGUGGAAACAUUCAUUGAGAGUGUUAGUGACAAGAACUCCGACGCUGAUCUCCUAUUCGAAAAGAUCUCUUCUAUUGCUCUAGCAGCCAACAAAAUCUCGAGCACUACUAGCUCCGCAUCUCCAGAUCUUCAGAACCAAGGCAAUUCGAAUGCAAUCCGUGAAGCAGCCAGUCAUGCUCUCACCGCGACAAGAUACUAUGCUACAUACAAUAACUUGAUGCCUCGUGUUAUUGUGGAGAGGGCUGUCAGUGAAAUAGCAUUCACUGUCUGCGACCACAUCUCUGUGGCAAAGUUGAAACUUGAUGACGGCCUGUCAGUCAAUGAGAGCAGCUUUUUAUCACAAAAUGACACCUCCCACAUGGACGGAGUUAGGCCUUUAAAGAUAUCGUCUAGAAGUGGUCCUGAACCCAAAGCAUCUAAUAGAGGAUUCGAGCAGCAAGAUAUACUCCCCAAAGAAUCUGCAAAACUCGGCCCUGCCUCAAUUCCUAUAUUAUCAGCCCAAGACUCCAAGAGGGUCAUCGCGCCACAGGGAAGUCAGUCUGUUGAUAGAUCAAUGACCAUCCCAGAAGCUAAUGAUACCGGUGAUGCACCUAGCAAGAACUCCAACACCACCCCGCUACUGGGAAAAAUUGCCAAUUUGUUUUCCGGCGCUUCUAAGACCGAGACAACUCAACCCUUGUCAACUACUGGGAAGAGAAUCUCUACUGAACCUGAGGUAGACAACGAGAAAGAGAAUUUGUAUGAAACACACGGAUCCCCACUGAUGGCAAAGCCAAGUAUUUUAGAAAAAGUCAAGCAUUUCGAGAGCCAACAGGACUUGGAAUCUCAGAAGUCAAAGAGAGCAUCCUUUUCACCCACCUAUUCCUCGAAGUCCCGGUUCUCUGAUGAUUUUGGCAACGCAUCUCAACAGGAGGGCACAGCAUCAAAAGCAAUUGGUACCACAAAAGCAAGAACAAGCAGUGAUACCGUGGACGAAGCUGCUUCGAUUGCUUCUGAUACCACUCCAACCAGAAGCAAAAGCAUAUUCCAGAGUUUGAGAGAAAGAUUCACUGGUGACAAUCAAAAGAAUGAGACUCCAAAUGGCCACAAUGAAGCUCUGAAAGCUUCCAAGUCAACAAAUGAUGAUAUUACUCCAAAGGUCCUGAAAUCAAUGCUGAUUGAUUCUGGUAGAAACGAAGAGUUCCAUGAUGUCAGUGACACUCCAACAUUCGCCAAGAAGACACAGUCUUCCUUGCCAGUAGAUGUCAACAAUUCAAAGUCACUUGGUAUUUCUUUGACUAACGACAAGAAUGCUCCUUCCGAAAAGCCACCAAUGGCUGACAGUGUUACAGCUAACGUCAAGCCUACAACUCUUGGUCAAGCCUUUGUGCCCGAAAAGGUGACGCCAGCAAGCAAAGAUACGACAGAGGCUCAAGAAAAGCCCUCAAAAUCUUUUGUCUCAGACAAAGCCAUGGGAUUGGCUAGUGUGGGUGCUGCAGGUGUCGCUGCAGCAGUUGGUGCAAUUGCUUUGAACACAAAACCCUCCGAGGAGAAGUCAAUAGAAACCAACAAACCGCUGCAAGGCGCCGCCGAGACCGGUAGUUCCAAUGAAACUAUUCGUGCUCCAGCGCUUGUUGGGGACUCUUUGACGGAAACAAAGAGAGCCAUCACAACAGGGCUGGGUGCAAUCAAACAAGAAGCAUCUACUGGUUUGAACUCUGCAAAGAAUUCCAUUGAGCAGCAUGUUGAUCUGGUUUCUCAGGGAGCUUCAGAUUCGACAAAAGCAUUCAUUCCAGCAUUGAACAACACUAACCAAGCUAACAGAGGACCCGAGUAUUCUGUUGGCCCAGGCGCAUUUAAAGUUGAGCUGAAAGACGAGGUCGAUAACGGAUCAGCCAUCAAACCAGCAGGCCCAGAAAGCGAGCAAGAUGAGCCAAUCGAAAGAAGUCUCUCUCAAGGUAAACCUGUGGAGAAACUGUCUUCCAUCAAAAAUUUCUUCUCCGGCAAGGCAAUUUCUGACAAGAAGUUUUCGGUGAAGAGAAUUAUCUCUGGAGACAAACUGAACGAUUCCGGCAUGACCGAAAGCGACAACCAUAAGCUGUCAUACACCGAAGAACUUGAGAAUAGCCACCCCAUAGAAGCAAAGCCAAUCAAAAUUGAGCAGAUCAAGCAGGAGGUUGACGACAACGUCCAAGCAGAGAAGCCAAGCACGAGGGUCUAUGAAGCAGAAAAGAAGCCUGAAAGCACCAGGGCAACGGGCAGAACUACGUUCGCUCCCACCACUUCUGUGAUUCUGAGCAACGGCGCGGGAAUUGAUGGUGACGAGGAAGAGAGCGACUACGACGAAGAACAGGAUGAAGCACGCCAGAGACAAGACUACCGUAAAUCGAUGGCUGCUGCUACGUUCAACAUCGAUCUCUUCAACAUCGAUGAUCCAGACAACACAUUGACGCAAUUGUUGCUCUACUUGGAGCACCAAACUGUACAAGUGAUCCUGACAAUCCAGGACUUGUUGUCUGCAAUCAAGAAACCAGAUGUCUCCCGCGGAGAAUUGCGUGGCAACUCGAGUGCCAUUUCCGAGGUCAUUCGUCAAAUGACAGAGGCUACAAACACAUCGAUGAACCAGACCAGAAACCAUCAAUUGAAGGAGCAUGGAAGCUGGGUCGUCCGCAGCUUGGAGGAUUGCAACCAUCGUAUGAAUGCGCUCUGCAAGCCUACUGCCGAGAAGACCGACCAGGAGUUUGCAGACCGUCACUUCAAACAGAGAUUGGCGGGUAUUUCGUUUGACAUCGCCAAGUGCACCAAGGAGUUGGUGAAGACCGUCGAGGAGGCUAGCAUCAAGGAGGACAUCGCUCAGCUCGACGCACGGAUCAAUCAAGUGGAUGACUUGACUUGA